CCAGAUAAAUUGUACAUUAGAACAAUCUGGGGAUCCCACUUCUUCUUGAGAGUUCUGUAUUCUGUUCUUCUUUUCUCAGCUAUGCACCCACCACCACCUAUUCUAACAGUAAAACCCUCCCAAAACCCACACUGUUCUAAACCCCUUUUAGCACUCUGUUUCUCUGCUUAACCAUGUCCCAAUCACUGAAGCUAAUCAAGGAACACGCCUCCAACCCCAAACUCUGGUUGGUCAUUGGAAUAGGAGUUGCCGGAAUCGUGGUUCUGGUGGAGACACGGCGGAGAACACGGCGGGGAAAGACACACAAACAAGACUUUGGUGCUUUUGUUGAGCGUUUUGAGCUACUUCCCUUCCCUCAGCCUCCUCCUCCUGCUGCCAAGCAAUCGCUCUCUGCUCUAACCUUUGCCAUAAACGACACAUUUGAUGUGAAAGACUACGUGACAGGGUUUGGAAAUUCUACCUGGAAGAGUACACACAAGGCAGCGGAGAAGACUGCAGUUGUGGUGACUGCUCUGCUCAUGAGUGGGGCUACUUGUGUUGGCAAGACUGUUGUGGAUGAAUUCUCUUUUGGGAUUUCUGGUGAGAACAAGUAUUAUGGAACUCCAACUCAUCCUCAGAUGCCAUCAUGUAAACUGGGAGGGUCUUCUUGUGGUUCAGCAGUGGCAGUUGCUGCGGGGCUUGUUGACUUUGCCGUUGGUACUGAUACUACAGGAUGUGUGAGAAUUCCAGCAUCAUUCUGUGGUAUUUUUGGUUUUCGUCCAUCCCAUGGGGCUGUAUCUACCAUUGGAGUUCUUCCAAAUGCACAAAGCUUAGACACUAUUGGAUGGUUUGCUCGCGAUCCAUCUAUCCUGCAUCGUGUUGGACAUGUUUUACUUCAAUUGAAUUCAGUGGAGACCAAAAGGUCCAGACAUUUCAUAUUUGCAGACGAUCUCUUUCAGUUAUCUAAAAUUCCUACACAGAAUACAAUAUAUGUUAUUGGUAAAGCUAUUGAGAAUAUGUCCGGGUAUCAGGCUCCAAAGCAUUUGAAUCUUUGUCAGUAUAUUGAUUCUAGGGUGCCCAGUCUAAGGCUUCAUCAGCAAUCAACCCACCAACAAAAUGAAACAUCUAUAUUGAAAACUCUUUCUUCAGUUAUGCUUUCAUUACAAGGGUAUGAAUUUAAAACCAAUCAUGAAGAAUGGGUUAAAUCACUCAAAUAUAAGUUAGGUUGUGGUGUGUCUGAUCAUGUUAUUGCAGCCAUUAAUACUACAUAUGAUAAUAUAAAAGCUUUGUAUAAAGUCAGGACUGAGAUGCGAGGUGCUUUUCAAAGUCUAUUAAAGGAUGAUGGAAUACUUGUUAUUCCUACUGUAGCAGGCAGUCAACUAAAGCUUAAUACAAAGAAAGGUUUUUCCUCUGAGUUCCAUGACAGAACAUUUGCAUUAUCGAGCAUUGCUAGUGUAUCUGGAUGUUGUCAGGUUACAAUUCCAUUAGGAUAUCAUGAUGAUUGUUCUCUUUCUGUCUCAUUCAUCUCAUUUCAUGGAGCUGAUAAAUUUCUUCUAGACACGAUCUUGGAUAUUUAUUCAACUCUUCAAGAGCAAGUUAGUGUUGGUUCCUAUUCUUUGCCAUUACCUAAUAUCAAUGGCAACAGGGAAACUUCUGAACUUUUAAAAGAGAAGGGAAAUGCAGCAUUCAAAGAAAGGCAGUGGAGUAAGGCACUCAGUUACUACUCCGAGGCUAUCAAAUUGAAUGGAACGAAUACAACUUAUUACUGCAACCGAGCAGCUGCUCACUUAAAGUUAGGAUGCUUUCAGCAAGCUGCAGAAGACUGCGGUAAGGCAAUAUUGCUUGAUAAGAAGAAUGUGAAGGCAUAUCUGAGACGUGGAACUGCUAGAGAAUCACUACUAUGUUAUGAAGAGGCACUUGAAGAUUUCAAGCAUGCUCUUGUUCUAGAGCCACAGAACAAGGAUGCUAGUCUAGCUGAGAAAAGACUCAGAAAAUUGAUGAGUUAACACUUGGUGUGCCUUUUCUCCCUUGUCGUCCCUCCUUCAAGAUAAUGUCAAUAGCUGUGGAAAUAUAUAUGUGAUUCUGGUUCCGUUCUUGCACUGACCACCUUCGGGUUAAAGGAAAAUUGAAAGAUGAGCCUAUGUUGAUGAGGUGCUUCAUUGUUCUCAUUUUGUGCAUAUCUUGUCAGAAAUCUUAUUCAACCCUGUUUGAUGAUGCCUACAAUUAUUUGAUCCGCAUUCACGAGAAUGGCCUAGUAUCUCUUGUACAUUUUUAGUGAAUGGUGCAGCUUAUUUACUUUGAUUUAGGUGUUGCAUUUUUUUAUGAAAGAAAAGAAAGAGUAGUGCUACA